CGCACAUCCUCGUCUCAGCGUGUUCACACCUUACAGACAUCAGCAAUAUGUUCUCCAAGGUAACGUUACUCAUGGCCGUGGCGGGAGUAGCCCUGGCCUUCCCCUCGGACCCCUAUGGCCCCCCUCCCCAUCAGCCUGUAUACAAGGAGGAUCCCAUCCCGUACAAUUACGCUUACGCCAUCAACGACCAAUACGCCGGCGCCGACUUCGGCCACAACGAGGACUCGGACGGCAAGACGGUCAAGGGAUCCUACACCGUCCAGCUCCCUGAUGGACGGAAGCAGACGGUAAACUACGUGGCUGACCACUACAACGGCUACCAGGCUGAGGUCAACUACUACGGCGAGGCUCAGUACCCCCACGAGUACGGUCCCCCCAUCACCUUCAAGCCCCAGGCCUACCAUCCCCACCCUCAUACCAGCCCAGCCACAGCCCUCAUACCAGCCCCAGCCACAGCCCUCAUACCAGCCCCAGCCCCAGCCCUCAUACCAGCCCCAGCCCAGCCCUCAUACCAGCCCCAGCCUCAGCCCUCAUACCAGCCACAACCAUCAUACCAGUAGUCCAUCGAUUGUCCAUGUCACUGUUCCUUUUGUUCCUAGUCACUGUUAUAUUUUGCAAGUAAAUAAAAAAAA